AUGUCUGAUAUAACACAAGCAAAACAAUCAUACGAACUAUCUAUUAUGUCUUUCAAUGUAAGAGGCCUUAAAUCGACUUGGAAACAACAUCCACUAUGUGAAGACAUGAAGAAAUACAGGAUCUCGGUUGGAUGUCUACAAGAAACCAAAGUGAAACUCGGGGAUGAGCAAGUCUAUGGGGACUAUCGCCUUAUUCUGCUGCCCUCUGAAUGCGGACACUAUGGCCAAGGCUUUGUGGCACACAAACACUUAUCUACUUGUAUUCAUCGCUGCUGGAGGGUUACCGAUCGAAUAUCUGUACUACAAAUAAGUACCGGACACAAAUCCGGAAUGCUUUCUAUCAUUAAUGUUUAUGCCCCUCAAAGUGGCAGGAUUGCCAAGAAUCUCGACGAACUAGACUCCUUUUACGAGGAGCUAGCUAGGACACUCACAAGUCUGGAGAAUUCGUCCAUUCUAUUUAUCGCGGGGGACUGGAAUGCCAAAGUUGGCAUCCGCUCUGGGGACGAGCAGUUUAUUGGCAGAUAUGGCCGUGGGUACAGGAACCUUCCGGGCACUCUUCUGGCCCAUUUCUGUGAGAAAUUUUCACUAUUUUUGUGUAACACGGCUUUCUGCCACGCUGCACGACAUCGGACCACAUGGACUGGAAGUAGAACAAAUGGGGUUGGUGAACCUACAUCAAUCUACAACCAAAUCGAUUAUAUUCUUUGUCGACAGGCCGAUAAGGCUGCCUUAUUUGACUCCCGAUCAUAUGGAGGAUCUCGGGUUGACAGUGAUCAUAAAAUGGGCGUUGGACGUUUCAACAUCAAGAAACACCAUGCGCCCCUCAACGCGCGAAGACUCCCAUCUGCUAGCGCUUGCGGACGAGAGGAAGAGGUCGAAAUACGUACUUCUUCCUCCCCCUUGCUUUUGAGACGACUGGCGUUGUCGGUAAAAAAAACCGAGAGGUUGUUGCGUAUUCUAGCGAUAAAAUUUCCUUGA